CAACAAAAACAAACCCCAUUAUAUAUUAUUCAUUUUUAUACAAAAUUAUAUAAGAUCUAAAGUUGUUUUCUUUUAAGAGAGAAAGCAGAUCAGAAUUUUUCACACAAUUUUCUUUUGAAGAUAUGAAAGUUUAGAGAGAGAUAUAUAUUGAGGAAUUGUGUUGUUCUUCUCUCUCCUCUUUUGCCUCUUUCUCUCUCUCUCUCUCUCUCUCUCUCUCUCUCUCUCUCUACCUCUUCUUCCAAUUUGAUUUUUCUUUCUUGUUGAUGUCCUCCAAGCUUUGUAUUAUGAGGGAUAAAAAGUAAUAUGCAAGGUCCAUGGGUAAAAAGGGGAGUUGGAUUGCUGCUAUAAAGAGGGCUUUUACACCCAACUCCAAGGAAAAGCUUGGAAAUGAAUUUGAGAAAAGGAAGAAGAAAGAAAAGAACAAAGGAGUUGGAAAAUUAAGAAAUGGAGAGUCCAAUUCCUUCAUUCCUCUAUUUAGGGAGCCAAGUAGUGUUGAGAAGAUUUUCUUGGAUUUUGAGAGAGAGCAACAAAGAGUAACAUUUAGGCCUUCUUCACCACCAACACCUCCCUUUGUUACUCCUAGAAAUGGCGCUUCUCCUAGAAUCUCUUCCGCUCGACGACCCUCUCCGCCCGUCUCUCCUCCUAGAACUGCCUCUCCAACGUUCAUAAAUCGACCUGAGGGGUUUCGCUUUCGACCCGAACCAACUCUUCGGAACCACCAUGCAUUAGCAACUAAAAUUCAAGCUGCAUACAGAGGUUAUGUGGCAAGGAGGAGCUUUAGAGCAUUGAAGGGGUUGGUGAGACUUCAAGGAGUGGUAAGAGGGCAAAAUGUGAAGAGACAAACAAUGAAUGCAAUGAAGCAAAUGCAGCUUUUGGUUAGGGUUCAAUCUCAAAUUCAGUCAAGAAGGAUUCAAAUGCUUGAAACUCAGUCUCUUCAUCAUGGCCCUAACCACAAGGACAUUGACACUGCCUUCAUUCAAGCUUCAGAGGCAGGAGGUAACCAAGAAGAUUGGGAUGAUAGUUUGCUAACAAGAGAAGAAAUAGAGGCAAGAUUGCAAAGAAAAGCUGAGGCUAUUGUCAAAAGAGAGAGAGCUAUGGCUUAUGCAUAUUCUCAUCAGUUAUGGAAGGCAAGUCCAAACUCAGCUCAAACAGCAAUGGCAGAUAUCAGAGGAACUUCAGCAUUUCCAUGGUGGUGGAAUUGGUUAGAGCGCCAGUUACCUUCUUCUUCUACUAAUAAUAAUAACAACAACAAUAAUAAUAUUUCCAAUUCUGAACCUCAAACUCUCAAAAAUUUUCUUCUAGCCCCUCAAACUCCACAACAAAACCAAACCACCACCACCACCCCAACUAAUAACAAAAACAGCAACAUUAUUGAUCAUCAUCAUCAUCAUCAACAACCAAUUACUCUCACCCCCAAAUCCACAAAAUCAGCCAUCCUGAUCACCACACCCAAACCGUCCCGACUCUCCCCGAACAUGUUCCGAACCCCGCCACCGGGAACCUCGAGGUCGUUCUCAAGGGCAAGAGGUAUUGAUCAUUCUUCACCAUUUUUUGACGUGAGAAUUAAAGAUGAUGAAAGCCUUACUAGUUGCCCUCCUUUCUCAGUCCCACAUUAUAUGGCUCCAACAGUUUCUGCCAAAGCCAAAUUAAGAGGAUGUUCAACACCUACACCUAUUACUAAUAAUCAAUCAAAAACAAGAAUUUCUUUUCCUUUCAAAUGGAAUAAUAAACCCAAUUUGUUGUUCUCAAAUAAUUCUUCAAACAAAGACUCAUCACCAAAUAUUAACUCUCAAAGGGGUUUGGAUUAUAAUAAUAAUAAUAAUAAUAAUCAUAAUAAUCAAUCUGUGGGGAAUUUGAGUGUGGAUUCUUCGACUUCAUUGCCUGCUGGAAUUGGAAGAAAGCCAUUUAAUAGAUUUGUGUGAUUUUUCUUAUUAUUAUUAUUAUUAUUUCCAUUUUUAAUUUUUUUCCAUUUCUUGUCUCUUUAUUAUUGAAUGAGUGUAAACUAAUAAAAGAUAUGCAAUAGAUGGGGAAUAUAUAAAUUCAUAUACAGUUCGAAUGUAAUUGGAUUUGUAAAGGAUUUACAACAAAA